GUUGUCUAGUCUACUUCAUUGGGUUUAAAAAUUACCAUAAUGUCCUCACCGGAGCGUGCAGUUCUCAAUCUAUUGACCGACCUCGCUCUCUCCUUCGACGGCGCAAUCCUCGGACUGACUUUAGCUAUUAGCGCCGUCAGUUCUGCUCUCAAGUAUGCCUCUACCAACGCCGCGUUGAAAAAGAUCAAAGAUGCACCCGAAGUCUCCGUUGCUGACCUCCGGUCACUGCUUCCGGCGUCUGAAGAAAAAUCCGAGACUAAUGAUCAGGGGACUAGCCAUGAUCAGCGGAUCGUUGUGGUUCGUGGAGUCGUCAAGCCGAAAUUUUCCGGUGAUGAGAGUCAGAAGAACAACGUCUUAAUCUCUCCGGAGACUGGAGAUAAAGCUCUUAUCAUCCAGAGAACGCAAACGUAUGUGUAUAGUGGAUGGAAGAGAUUGUUCCAGUCUACUGGUUACCGGUUUAUGUUGGAGAGAUCUAUGCCCAAACAAGGAGCUGAUUUUAUGAGGAAGGUCCCAUUUGUCAUUGUUGGAAAAGAUCAACAAUCGCAGUCUAGUUAUCUCCUUGUUAACAUGGAUGGCUCAAGGCAACCUCUUCCGCUUACCACUGUGUAUAAUCGUUUGCAGCCUAUUAAUUCUUCGUUUCUUCAAGCCUUUUUGUUCCCCGAGUAUCCUGUCGGUCUGCUUGAUGUAGAGAAGAUUUUACCACCUGGGAAAGAUAUAACAGCUGUUGGCAUCUGCAGUUUUAGAAAUGGAGUUCCUGAAAUCAAAUCGUCCCAAGAUCUUCCUUACUUCUUAUCAGAGAUGACCAAGGACAAGAUGAUAGAGGACCUUAUAGAUCAGACCAGCGCAAUAUUCUUUGGCACUGUUUUCUUGGGCAUUGUGUCUGUUGGCAUCCUUAGCUAUGCUGCUGUCAGGACCUGGAAUAAAUGGAAACUAUGGAACCGUCAGAGAGAGCUGCCACGGAGACCAAACGAACCCGUAGCCGAUGAUGAACCCGAAGAUGCAGAUGAAAUCCCAGAUGGACAAUUGUGUGUGAUCUGCGUGACAAGACGGAGAGUACCUGCGUUUAUUCCCUGUGGACAUGUAGUAUGUUGCAGGCUAUGUGCUUCAACCGUGGAGCGAGAGUUAAACCCAAAGUGUCCAGUUUGUCUCCAGAGCAUUAGGGGAUCUAUGCGUGUAUAUUACUCUUGAUGACUCUGAAUCUUUUCUCAUUGUAUCUAAUAGAGUAAUGCAAUUUGUAUUCAAGAGAAUCGGAAAUUUUCAAUUAACAAAAUAGUUUGACAA